AUGUCAGAAGAUGUGGGCAAGUUUAUUCAUGAGCGAUUAUUUAAUGACUGUGAAGUGGUGUUGUACACAGAUAUUAUGACUCAGUUCCAAUACACAAAUAACCAGGCCAAAAAAGAAAUGUACAAAUACUAUAAGACGACCAAGUCUAAGGUCAACUGCGUGAUUGUAUGCUGUUACGCGGGAGGCUUGAUAAGUAUUAUUCAGGAUUUGGCUAAUUUUGAGCCCAGUGAUGAUAUUGUGGACGCCUUUAUUUAUGCAUUUAGCACCAUGGAACAAUUUACAGUGGUCAACAAGCCUAACAGUCGACCCUUAGCCAUAGAAAACGCAUUUGAAUUUGUACAAAAAGCUUCAGCAGCACCAGUGGAAGCAGUUCGCGAGCCAGUACUUGCACCUGCUCUGCGAAGCAAGACGAAGCCGGAGGAUGUUAAGACCACGGAGCCAGCUAGAAAACUGCAACCCAAGGCUCCUGUUAGAGCGAAGACGCACCCACAGGAGAGCGGGAAGAAGGAGAAAUCCAAGGACAUGGGUCUCCAGUCAACGAGGUUGCUACAGAAGAUGAGGCAGGAGAGAGAACAACGCGAGCAAGAGAGGCUACAAGAACUGCGGAAAAGAAAAGAGCGGCAAAUGGAGAAGGUCGCUAACGAUCCACAGCGGAAGAAGGAGAUGCAGGAGUUGUCUACAAUGUUUGACGAUGAUAGUGAUGACGAAGAUGGUGAAGAAGGUGCUUCUGGUGAGGGCUCAGCCCAGCCACCUAUAACCGAAGUUUCUUCACCAGACGCAGCACGUGCGCCGGUCGGAGCUAAAGAUGAAGAUGUCGGACAUCAAGAUCUCGGGCAUCAAGAACUCGGGGAGUUGUUGGAGACCACUGCUGAGGAGUCUUUGGUCGAGGUACCGGCUCCAAAGGAAGAGCCAAGCACGUAUGUAGACGAUGAAGGCUACAUCGUUACUCAAAGGCCGGCGCAGAGGGCCUCGUCCACUCCGAUCAAGCGUAAGUCGGAUCGCACCGCUCCAGUAGAAGCCAAGAGCGAGCCACCGAAGAAGAAAGUUCAGAAAUCACUCAUGAGCUUCUUUGGAAAGAAGAAAUAG